UACUAACAUAGUGAACUAAAACGUUAUAGUUCAAGACUUCAAGUCUUCAGGAGUAGGCAUUGCAGCGACUCCCAGAUUACUUUAACAUUGCACAUAAUCUUUAGUUUCAGUCUCCAAUGUCUGCCUUUAUAAGGGUGACACUGUAAUCUUUUGAAGCUGCCAAAAAUUCAAAUUUUCCUACUUUUUAUCCCUUGCUCUCCACCUGUUUGAUUAAAUGCUCAAGAGAAAAGACACCAUGAAAACUUUCUUCAAAUGGUCAAAAAACAUCACACCAUCUCAAGUAGAGCAGCUGAUACGAGCUGAGAAGGACAUACAUAAAGCUAUGAUCGUGUUUGAUUCCGCCACUGCGGAAUACGGUAAUGGUUAUAGACACGAUCAUAACACAUUUGGUGCCGUGAUCUCCAAGUUACUAUGCGUGAAUCAUUUUACACCAGCUGAAAAUAUGAUUGAUAGAAUGAAAGAAGAGAAAUGCAGUAUCACGGAGAAUAUUUUCCUUUCGAUCUGCAGAGCCUAUGGUCGAGUUCAUAGGCCACUAGAUGCUCUCAGAGUUUUUCAUAAAAUGAAAGAUUUUGAAUGUCAACCUACAGAGAAGUCUUAUAUCACCAUGUUUAAUAUUCUUGUUGAGGAGAAUCAGUUAAGGGUUGCAAUGAGGUUUUAUAGGCACAUGAAAGAAAUGGGUAUUUUGCCGAGUGUUGUUACUCUUAAUGUUUUGAUCAAAGCCCUUUGCAAGAAUAGUGAAACUAUUCAUUCUGCAUUUAGGAUAUUUAUGGAGAUGCCUAAUCGCGGGUGUGAUCCAGAUUCAUAUACUUACGGGACUUUGAUAAAUGGUUUGUGUCGGUUUGGGAAGAUUUGUGAGGCGAAGGAGUUGUUUGAAGAGAUGGGACGAAAUGGUUGUUCUCCAUCUGUUGUUACAUAUAGUUGUCUAAUUCAUGGUUUGUCUCGGGAUAAGAAUAUCGAUGAAGCUGUUGAAUUGUUUGAAGAUAUGAAAAGGAAAGGGAUCGAGCCAAAUGUGUUUACUUACAGUUCUUUGAUGGAUGGGCUUUGCAAAGAAGGGCGUUCUUCACAAGCCUUGGAGCUGCUGGACAUGAUGAUCAGCAAGCGGAAUAAGCCUAAUUUGAUAACUUAUAGUACCUUAAUUAAUGGAUUUUGUAAAGAAGGGAAACUUCCUUUAGCUGUAGAGAUGCUUGACAAGAUGAAAAUUCAGGGCAUAAAACCUGAUGCAGGGCUAUAUGGGAAGAUCAUAAACGGAUUAUGUGAAAUGUGCAAGUUUCAGGAAGCUGCAAACUUGCUUGACGAGAUGGUACUCGCAGGGAUCUCACCAAUUAGAUUAACUUGGAGCCUACACGUCAAGACUAAUAAUAUUGUAGUCCAAGGUCUCUGUACCGAUGCUGAUCUGAGUCGAGCCUUUCACGUGUAUUUAAGUAUGCGUACUAGAGGUAUCUCAGUUGAAAUGCAGACUUUUGAUGCUUUAAUAAAAUGUUUCUGCAAUAAAGGGGACCUGCAUAAAGCUUCUCGCAUUCUGGACGAGAUGGUCCUGGAUGGAUGCAUUCCUGACCAGCAAACAUGGAGCACAAUGGUAUCUGGACUCUUGAAUGGAAGAAAGGUGCGCGAAUUAUACGAAUUCUUUGUGAUUAAGUUGUUGCGUAACUCAUUUUAACAUGUUACAAAUACCCUGUAACUUUUUAUUUAUAGUUCAUUCAAUUACAUAU